AUGGAGGCCCAUCGGAUCCGGAAGCACCGAGUUGUCGUCGGUGUCCUAGUCGUCUUACUAUCUUUACCGGACAACUCAGUUGCAGAAUGGCUAAACCACGGAGCUGACAUAACCAACUCGAGAAGUGUCAUGGACCAGAAAAUUAGCCCGCGAACGGUCUCAAACCUUAGGUUGAGAUGGAAGUUCUUCACUGGAAGGGACACAUCAGCCACUCCUGCAGUUGCGGAUGGUGUGGUCUACGUCCCCUCAUGGAAUGGCUUCUUGUAUGCCGUGAAUGCAUUUACCGGCAAGCUGCUCUGGAAGCAGAACCUUAGUGAGCUAACCGGGCUCCAGGGCACUGGAGUAACUGUCAACGUCACUGUCUCGAGAGCAACCCCGACAAUCGUGGGUGACCUCCUCAUCGUCACAAUAUAUGGGCCCGCCGUUGUGAUCGCCGUGACUCGGUCACGCGGGAGGCUUGUCUGGAUGACAGAAAUCGAUGCACGUCCUAGAGCAGUGGUCACCAUGUCUGGAACCGCUUAUAUGGGGGCAUUCUAUGUUGGAAUAUCGUCAUUAGAGGAGACCUUACCUGCUGCUGAAUGUUGCACUUUCCGUGGAAGCCUGGUGAAGCUAGACAUUAGGUCGGGUAAAGUUCAAUGGCAGACCUAUACAGUCCCUGAAAAUGGAGGCAAACUGGGUGGCUAUUCCGGAGGUGCCAUAUGGGGUAGCAGCCCUGCCAUAGACAAGAGGCGGCAGCUGGUCUAUGUGGCCACGGGAAACCUCUACACGGCCCCUCCUAAUGUCACAGAGUGCCAAGAGCGGCAGAACAAUGAGACGACAACACCAACUAGUCCCGAUCAAUGCAUUGGGCCUGAUGUCAACUUCAAUUCCAUCAUUGCAUUCAAUAUACAUUCGGGGAGGAUCAGGUGGGCUAGGCAGCUUGGCGGAUACGAUGUUUGGUACUUCGCCUGCUUGGUCCCAAACAACCCAGACUGCCCUCCUGGGCCAAACUUGGACGCUGACUUUGGCGAGGCUCCUAUGCUGCUCAGCAUAUCAUAUAAUGGGAGAAGACGGGAUGUCGCAGUGGCCGUGCAAAAGAGCGGGUAUGCUUGGGCUCUGGACAGGGAUAAUGGUGAUAUCGUUUGGUUCAGAUUGGCCGGACCAGGAGGUGAGGAGGGAGGAGGGCAGUGGGGUGCGGCCACGGACGUAAGGAGGGUGUAUACCAACAUAGUCAACAGCAACAGGUUGAGCUUCAGGCUAGCCCCCUCGAACCAGACCACCACCGCGGGGGCGUGGGUGGCCCUGGAUGCUAACUCCGGGGAGAUCCUAUGGUCCACAGCAAAUCCGAGCAACGACACCACCCAAGCACCAGUCUCAAUGGCCAAUGGAGUAGUCUUUGUGGGGUCGGUGGCCCCGAACGGCCCCAUAUAUGCGAUGGAUGCGAGGACUGGGAAAAUAUUGUGGUCGUAUGAUACAGGGGCUACCGUCUAUGGGGGGAUAUCUGCAAGCUAUGGGUGCAUAUACCUUGGGAACGGAUACACCGUGGGCUUAGCGUCAUUGCACCCGACUUGGACCCCAGGAACCUACAUCUUUGCCUUCUGCUUGAGUUAA